GUUUGUGCCUUUGUGAAGUGAUCGCUUAAGAACCAGCAACACACACACGGUCUUUGUAUGUUGUUGAUAUCCAAAUUUUUGUGGAGGUAAAAGUAAUGUCACGUUGUGACUGGAAGAACCACGAAAACAAGCAGAAAUAAAAUUUCACCUUAGAUUAGAGGUUGAUGUGCAUGUCAUAGGCUACAGCACAGUGCGUUGAAAAGACUAGAAACUGAAGUUAAAAAGAAUGGCAAGCCAGUUAGAGGACAUACCAGCAUCAGUAAAUGGUCAUGUUGAUCUUGGUACUACUGAAGCUCUUAAAUCACUCAAUCUGGGUACUGAUGGACAUGGCCAUAGUGACAGUGCUGGUGAGAACCAUGAAGAAAACAAUCAAAUAGGAGACUUUUUGUGUGAAAAUCCUUAUGAGACCUUGGCAUUUUUGGAAGAAGAAAUAGAAACAGAAGAAAUUCCUGUAAAAGAAGAAGUGCAGAGGAAGCCUUCCCCAUCUAGUGAAAAGCAUAAAGAACUUAGUCAAAUGAAUGGACAGAUUAACCGGAUGAAAAUGGACCAGCUGAAAAAAAGGCUCAGACAGUUUAAUCUAGACACAUCUGGGUCCAAGAGUGUUUUGCAGCAGCGGUUAAAAUCACACUACAAAAGAAAAGUGUUUAAAGAAAAUGAGUGUCAUUAUAGUUAUUAUAUAAUCAUUGACUUUGAGGCAACUUGUGAUGCACAUCCACAUAACUUAAGACAUGAAAUAAUCGAGUUUCCUGCAGUGCUGGUAUCUACCAAAAAAAAGAAGAUUGUUUCCAAAUUCCAUUCAUAUGUACGUCCUGUGAUUAAUCCAAAACUUACUACAUUCUGCACAAAUCUAACUGGAAUUACUCAGGAGCAGGUAAAUUUUGCACCAGAGUUUCCAGAAGUUCUACAGAAAUUUGAGGUGUGGCUGAAAGAACACAAAUUGAAGGUAGACAUGAAAACUUUUGCUGUUGUUACAGAUGGACCAUGGGAUAUGGGACGUUUUUUAUAUCACCAAUGUAAGAUAUCAAAAGUGCCUUAUCCACAUUGGGCCAAAACUUGGAUAAAUAUAAAAAAGCCAUUUUGUAACUUCUACAAUACUGAAAGGGUGAAUCUGCAGGGUAUGCUAACAAAACUUGGGAUGACUUUUAUUGGACAACCUCACUGUGGGUUGGAUGAUGCACGGAACAUUGCUAGGGUGACGAUAAAAUUACAUGAGGAUGGUGCAAACAUGCGAGUAAAUGAGCAGAUAAAUUUCAAGAAGCCCAAAACUUUAGAGCAGAGGUUACAUACUGUAAAGUGCAUAAACAGGAAUGAUUUUAAUGCUAUGCUCAAGAGGAGAAAUGUUGAUCCACCAAGAGAUGGAGAAGACGAAUACCUGGGUGAUGAAUGUGAAGAUGAGGAAGACCCAUUUGAAGAUGAUGAAAAGUCAUCAGCUGUAGGUUCCUCCGUGUGUGAGACUGAAUAUGACAAAGAAUUUCCAUCCCUACUGGUAAAAUAACCAAAGGUGUUAUUCGGAUAUUGUUCCAAAUAAGUUACAAAUGUACAUCUCUUUUCCAAAAGUUAUUUUUGUAAAUUACAUCAUUUUGUGCUAUGAAACUAUGUGAAACUAUCAGUGCUUGUAAGGAAAGGUUUUAAUCAUCACUAUACAUGUUUUUCUGUAAGAAACUUAACAAGUAAUUACAUAGCUAAAAGUUUCUACCUACAGCAGUCUAAAGAUUCAAGGUUCACAGUAUCAUUAAUUAACUGUUUUAAGUGUAGGUAACCAGCCCCACCCACUUUCUGGGUACUGGGAGGAACAACUAGUCAGGGAGCUUCAAUUCGUUUGUUGCCGGCUCCCGACCAACAUGGGUGGUUUUCACCGCUGGCUACAUUAUUAUUAUUAUUUUUUUUUUUUUUGUGAAGUACUCAAAUUUUGGUGUAGAUUUUAAAUAAUUGUUUUUGUUUGAUAUCAGUUUUUGACAUGUCUGGCUUUGAGUGUUUUGCUCUCAGGGGUGCAUAAGACAAGAUUAUCUAAGUCUUGCUAUGAAUCUCACACUCGGUGCAUUAAGUGUAGGGGCCAGGAUUGCCAUAAGAGUAACACUUGUCCAGAAUGCCAGGACAGGGAUGAGAAGAAGUGAAAGGUAUCUAAUUCCCAUUUGGAAAAACUUGAUAAAGAUAAGAAGAGGAAAAUGGCUGUUAGAGCCAAAAGUAAGAAUAAUUUUGAGCCUAGUCAAGGAAUGUUUUGUAGAACCUAGUGCUUUUUCUUCUCCUCACCUUCCAUUUUUCCUAUCUGUAGUCCUCCACCUUUGCAAUUAACUCCUGUUCCAGGUUACCAUGCUUCCAAUCCCAAUGCCAUUCCCGACCUUGAAUCAAGAUAUGAUCCUAAGUUCAGUUUUAUGAAGUUUUCGAAGAAAACUAGUUAUCACCAAGGCUUAUGACCAGUUUCAUCCAUGGGAGACUAAAUGUUUUAGCAGAUGGACUGAAUCACCUCAAUCAGGUCCUGCCAACCAAAUGGACCCUGGUCCUCUAGUCUGCAAGGAUCUAUGAAGGCCGUGGGGCACAUCCUACAUACCGUAGAUCUAUUUGCGACUUUGAGGAAUCACCAUCUUCCUCUCUUCUGCUCCAGUGUCCCAGAUCCUCUCGCAUGGUUGACGGCACUAUGUUUCUGGAUUGGACAGGUGUGGAGGUAUAUGCCUUUCCUCCCUUCUUUAUGAUCAGGAUAGUGAUCAACUAGUUGUAUUAUCAAGAUGUUUCCAUGACUCUAGUGGCACUGUUUUGGCCAAGGAAAGAAUAGUUCUCAGAUCUAAACAAAAACCAUCGCUGCUCCAAGGAUUGUCCACUCUGGCCCUGACAAGCUUCGGACCAUCAAGCACCUCUUCUGGGCAAAGGAUUUUUUUUAAAUCAGCUGCAGAAGCUGUUGCUGGAUGCAGGGAACUUUCAUCUACCAAGCUAUAUCAGUUCAAAUGGACAGUUUUCAGAAGAUGGUGCAGCUGCCAUAACUUCUCAUCUCUUGAGACAUCUAUAAUUCAAAUAGCUGAUUUUCUACUCUAUGUCAGGAACUCCAGGAAACUUGCUACAUCCACCAUUAAGGGACGAUGGAUGCCAUCUUCAUAGUAAGGAGGCCACAGGGAAAUGGAGCAUUAUUGUGCAUUUAUAGACACAGAGAAAGCACACAAUAAAAUCCCAAGAAAAGUGAUGUUUUGGUGUUUGAGGAAGAGGAAAGUCCUAGAAAAGUUGGUUAGUCUGGUUGAGAUAUAUCAAAGAACAAGCACAAAAGUAUUAACAGCAGUUGAGAAAACAGAAAACUUUGAAGGUAGUGUUGAAUUACACCAGGGGUCAGUACUGCUGAAAAUGACGAGGACCUACAGAGAAGGGUUUGAGAGUAGCAGGAGUCUUUUGAGAAAGGUGGCUUAAAUGUGAAUGUGAGUAAAACAGAGAUUUUGGUAAGCAGUAGGGAAAAUAGACAGAAUAGUAAUACAGGCAGUCCCUGCUUAUCAGUGAGGGUUCCAUUCUGAUGGCUUGCUGAUAAGCAAAACUCACCGAUAACCGAAAAUCAGUGAUUUAUGGCGCCGAUAACCGGUUAAUAGCACCUCUGUUAGGUACGUAUCGGUGCCAUAUCUCUAUUGUCGGUACCAAUAACGGGAAACCAGUGAAUUAUUACGUUGAAAUUCAGUGAUUUUCGACACUAGACAAGUGCCAUAAAACUGGAUCACCAGUAACCGCGUCCACCGAUAACUGGGAACUGCCUGUACAAGAAAGAAGAGGCUUGAGUAUAAAACAGGCAGAAAAGUUUAAAUACUUAGGAUCUACUUUAAGCCAGUAGGGAGGAUGUGAGGCUGAAGUUAACAGUAGGAUAAAAGCUGCGUGGGAAAAGUAGAGAGAGGUAGCUAGAGUAGUAUGUGAUAAGAAAAUGCCAAUUAAGCCCAAAGUCAAGAUCUAUAGCAGUGAUAAGACCAGUGUUAAUGUAUGGAUCGGAAACAUGGGCUCUAAGAAGAAAAGAGGAAGUAAAGCUUGAGAGAACAGACAUGAGAAUGCUGAGGUGGAUUAUGGGAAUAUUGCUGUUUGAGAGAUUAGAAAAUGAUGAAAUAAAAAGGACAGGCUUAGUAAAAAUUACAGAGGUGAUAAGAGAUUCAUGAUUGAGAUUUUAUGGGCAUGUGUUUAGGAUGAAUGAUGAGGAGAGAGUGAAGAGGGCUUGGGAAGAACCUGUUAGAGGAAGAUCAAGAGGGAGACAGGGAACUAGAUGAUGAGGUAAAGUGAAGUAAGAUAUGAAGGGGAGAGGUUUAGUGGGGGAUGAUACCUUCGAUAAAAAUAGAAGACAGUGGAAAAGGCACAUCAGGCAACCGACCACGUAAUGUAUGGAUAACGGUGGGAAAGAAAAUCAAUGCUGAGCUCCGUCUUUAAGCACAGAGGUCUAGACUUGUCCUCCAUGUAAUCAGGACCCAAAUUAUCAUUUCUAGUCAUUUGACACUGUGAAGUAAAAGAUAUAACUGUCCCCUGGAAUUUUGAUGUCAUUUUGAAAUGGCUCACAGGUCCCUCCUAUGUACCGCAUCAGACUGCCUCUUUGAAAAACCUUACCAAGAAAGCCCUUUUCUUAGUAGCUUGGGCCACGUUCAAACAUGUUAGUGAGCUACAAGUGAUCAAUAAGAGAGUCGGUUGUUCACAAGGAAAUGCAAUCUGUUCCCUCUCUCUUGGGUUCCUGGCCAAAAACAAGGGCCCCUCUAAACCUUGCCCCUGUUCCUUCACAGUUAAGAAUUUAACAGGCUUCCUGGAACCAGAAGAAGUGGAAAGACUCCUUUGCUUGGUAAGCGCUAUUAGAUAUUAUCUCCUUAGGACGGAGAAAAUCAGAGGACCUUCAGACUACCUAUGGUGCUAGGUAAAGAACCUUUUGCGCCCUUGCUCCGAGAAUGUUCAUUCCUUAUUUCUGAGGAGCCUGAUUUCUGAACCCCUUUCCCUGUUUGGAGAUGAAGUCUUAACGACUUUUAAAGUAAAGGCUUAUGAGUCCGGGCAGUUCCUACUUCUCUCACCUUCAGGUAUAAUAUUAUCAAACAAAUAUGCUCCAAGCAACCUUCUGGAGAUGCAAAUCGGUUUUUGCAGCACACUAUCUCAAGGACAUAGAGACUGCGUAUGAAAGUUGCGAUGCUUUGGGACCUUUAUCCAACUGGCAUGGUGCUGGAAGAGGAAGCAUAGGGAGCCUUAUGUCCCUCUACUAUUCCUCGCCUUGUAAUAGGUGUUGAGUUUUUAUGGGAAGCCUGGGGUGGCAUGGUACCUGGAGUACCCACCAGUUCUUAGUGGUUGGGUGGCGGUGUUUUUUAGUGUUGGUAAGAGCGUUAUGAUUUUUUAUCUGGUCUCUGCACAGGGCAAGGGUACCUUAUUUUUACUUUGAUAGUCAUGGGUGCACCUCCCUCGCUGCAAAGUUCCCAAUUAUAUAGGGGCAACUUUGGGCCAUACAGCCACACCCAAUGCAGAUCAAGAGGAGAAAUUGACCAGAGACAGUAUUUUUCUGUUGUUGCUCCCUUGCCAGGUACAGAAACAACAAGCAUUGUGCUAAAUGUUUGCAACUGUUAUCGUUCAGAGUCAUCUAAUUUAAUGUUUUGGAGUAGAGUAUGUCCAUAGAUCCCACCUCCCCUCAAUGUAGAAUCAGCUAUGUAAUUACUUGGUAAAUUUCUUAGAGAAAAAUGACAUUUUUAUGAUAAAAUAAAGUUUUGUAUAUACUCACCAAGUAAUUACAUGAUAAGAGCCCUCUCUCCUCCCCUAGCUUAGACAUAAAGAGCUCAAAUGAAUUGAAGCUCUGCCUAGUUGUUCCUCUUGGUACCUGGAAAGUUGUGGGCUAGUUACCUGCACUUUAACAGUUAAUUAGCACUACCAUGAAAUUUGAAUUUUUAGACUGCCGUAGAUAAAAACUUUUAGCAAUGUAAUUACUUGGUAAGUAUAUACAAAAGUUUAUUUUAUUAUAAAAAUGUCAGUUUUUCUUAAAUAGUCAACAUAUUCUUUAUAUAGUGCUGGAUUGAGAACGAAUGGUAAUUUUCAUUCCCUUACUUGCUCUGUUUUAGUUUGAUUUCAAAUUGUUUACAGAAGUUAUGAAAAUAUUACAAACUUUUACAUGAGAUUCUGUUUACAGAAGUUAU